AUGUGCCCACUGGAAAAGUGACAACUCCGAGGAGGGCGCGAAAUGGCAAAGAAGCUGCUCAUUAUCGACACGGACUGCGGCAUAGAUGACGCCCAGGCUAUCAUGGUGGCCUUGGCGGCAUCGAACGUCAGCGUGCUGGCGGUCACCUGUGUGUUUGGGAACACGUCGGUGGACAAUGUUUGCCAAAAUGUUUUAAAAGUUCUCUCCGUUUGUGAACGGGAGCUGAUCCCAGUGUUUCGAGGUUCUGCCGGGCCCUUGGUUGGUACCAAUGACACCUCCAGCGACCAUUUCGGGACGGAUGGCCUCGGAGACAUCCUGGAGGACAAAGACCCAAUGUGGGAGAAGAAGAUUCAAAGGGAAGGUGCGGUGACUGCGAUGAUCAGACUGGUGACAGAGAACCAGAACCAGGUGAGCCUGGUGGCCCUUGGACCUCUCACCAAUCUGGCCCUGGCUGUCAAAGUGGAUCCAAGUUUCCCCAACAAGCUCAAAGAGCUACACAUCAUGGGUGGCAACAUGGAAGGGAAAGGUAACUUGUUGCCGUGUGCAGAGUUCAACUUUGCAAAGGAUCCAGAGUCCGCUUACAUCGUCCUGGAGGAGUUCCUCUGCCCCACCCACUUGGCAUCGUGGGAAUAUUGCUGCCAAAACGCUCUGUCGUGGGAGUUCUUCGAGGAGCUCAUCAACCAGGAGUCUCCGGCCGCCCGCUUCAUGAAGACCAUCACGUCCAGGUGCUGGGGCUACUCCAGAGAGACCACGAGGAGCAAGCGGGAGGUCUACUUCGGGCCGGGGUUCGUCUCCUUCGACUCGUACGCCAUGGCGGCCUGCGUGGAUGCCGGCGUGGUCACAGAGAGCAUAGUGUGUCCGGUGCGUGUGGAGCUGCAGGGCGCCAUGUGUCGCGGCAUGUUGGCGCUGGACCUCGCCAACACGCUGAAGAAGCAGCACCGUGUGACCGUGUUCACCAAGUGUGACACGGACAAGAUGGCCCGGCUGCUCGUGGCGUCGCUCAGGCUCGGAAUGUAAUGCAGGCUUACUUCCAUGUCUACACAUUUUCUUGACAUCUGAUGCUAUAAUGCAGCAUUUCCCAUUAUCUGUGGUGCCCGUUAUAAACCCAUUAUGACGGGACCUUCUGUAAAUGGGGCUUGUUGUUCCAACAGUACAGUAGAUGGCAUCCUAACAUCGUCACAAUUAUCACAUUUCACCCCCUCUAUGAUAAUAAAUCCUGUAAUGUUCCCAAGAAAAUGUGGCCCUUUGGCUAUUAGCAUGGGUUUCUUUAUCGCCAGGUGGGGGCGCUGUUUUGCCUGUGGCAGCUUCUUUACAACAGUGAUGUUCAUUUAGAGCAGGGGUGUCCCAAGUGUGGGCCUGGGGGACGUUAGUGGCAGGUGGCACGUGGCAUGUUUGUUUUUUUUUUGGCCUUCACCACUUUGUAAACAGUAGAUUUAAAAAAAAAAAGAAAAAUUAAACAGCAAAAGUGGGGGGAAAAAUGUAAUUUUGUCAUCCGUGUCAUCCGUUCUAAAAAAAUAAAAAAUUUAGAUCUUUGGUCACGUCGCAUUUUUUAUGGGCCAUCGCCAUAUUAAAAUAAAAAAAAGAAUUAACUAGAAACUAAACAAAUGAAAAAACUAAUUUUCCAAGCUGAAAUAUUAAGACCAAAAAGGUGUAACCCUAUGAGAAAAAAAAUGCAUUAUGAAAAAAGGGGGAAAAUGUAAUUUUGUCAUCCGUGUCAUCCGUUCUAAAAAAAUAAAAAAUUUAGAUCUUUGGUCACGUCGCAUUUUUUAUGGGCCAUCGCCAUAUUAAAAUAAAAAAAAAGAAUUAACUAGAAACUAAACAAAUGGAAAAAACUAAUUUUCCAAGCUGAAAUAUUAAGACCAAAAAGGUGUAACCCUGUGAGAAAAAAAAUGCAUUAUGAAAAAAGGUAACUUUCAAAGAUUAAAGUUACAAUAUUAAAGAAAAAAAGCUUGCUUUUUUUUCCCAAAAAGUUGUAAUAUGACAAAUCAAGCCAAGCAGGCUCUCUGCUGAAAUCCUUUAUUCUCAUUUGCUGACAGGCCAGGUACAAUCCAAACCUCAAACUUAAGAUUGUCACCCAAUUUUUAUGACAUUAAAAGGGGGCUCGUUACAUUUGGAAAAGUCUUCCUUGACGUCCAAUCAAAAAGGUGCGGUGCUGCUUUUGUGGGCCAAAGCAACCUUAGCAAUAAAAGGAUGUGAAACCAAAAUGAUUGACGUGAACAUUAAUGAACUGAGAUUAUCCUGUCAUGAACCAAACUUUUAGCCUUACGAGCCAGAACGUCUCCUUUAGCCUUCAUGAGCUAAUAUUUGACCUUUACUCCAGGAGGGGGCGCUGUUAAAAGGAUUCGGAAUAAAAGUUUGUAUGUCGGCCCGCGUCAAUAAAAAGCCACAAAGAACUGAACAACCAAAUCUCUGCUGGAAAGCUUCUUUCUGUUGGGAUUCUCCAAUUAAAAAAAAAAAAAAAUACGGGAAAUUUAGCGACCGUUGCUAUGGUGACGCGUCGUUUUUAAGUGCAGUCGUGCAGUUUUAACUGCCGUUUUCCGAAGUACUGGGCCAGGGCUCGGAGCUCCGUCGGCUCAGCGUGGGCCGCCACAUGCUCCACGGGUUGUACGUGCCGCUCAUCUCGCCGGAGGCCGGCGGGGAGGGGGCGGGGCUGCCGCUGACCAGGCCGCUCAGGAGGGUGGGCGAAUUGGCGGCAAGG